GAUGGUGACGUAUGGCUCGUAUGUAGUAGCUCAGAGGGGGAGAAAGAGCCGCCGAGGAGGGCAGAAACACAAGAGAGGGGCAAGUCUUUCUACGACAGCACCGCGGCUCGGGAACAAACCAACUGAGUCGUUUCGGCUGGCAUGGAGCUGAGCGUCGCCGUUCUGAGCCGUUUCGCGCCAUCCACCUAAAGCCGGGGCAUUUCGCGCAGAGCCGAGGGGGCAGUUUGCUGUCGGUCCCGCGGGUGUUUGUGGAGCCCGUGCGAAUCUGUUGCUAACAGCGCUCGAAUGCUAGUUAGCCCCGCUGCUAAGCAGCUAGCCAACACUGCGAGUCAAUUGUGUCGGAGAUCGCGGAAUUACGCGUUAAAGCCGUUGCGCUCCUCCGCCGCUCCCGGGAUUCGUUUUGCUCGUUGGGUUUUUGCGUUUUCCCAAGCGAGGGGACGCUAAUAAGCGACGGCUAGAGUUUCUAUUUCGAUUUAUUUCCAGCAGAGAGUUUUUCACCCUCCGUAUUAGCUUGUUAGCCGCUCCGGUUGGUUUAGUCCAGCUUGUUAGUAGUGUCUGAGAUUUUUACUGUAACGUUAAUAGCUGUCAGCCGGAUUGGUCGCGUUAUUUGUGGACAUGAUUGAUUUUAUCGCGGACCGCGAGUUGUUUAGAGAGGCGAUACUUUGAGAUGCCGCGCGUGGGAUACUUCAUGUUUCCAGGGACGCUUUUAUUUUCUUGUUAGACUGGCUUUAUGGGAGUGCUAGUGUGCAGGGGCUCGCUUUAGAUAACGCUGGGAUCAAAACAUUGUUUUUUUUGUUUGUUUGUUUUUUUAUUUCCCGUCCACGCGAGCUGGUUAUCCACCUUUCGCCACACACACACCGCGCGUCGUUUUGAUGCGGUUUAAGCCCACGUUUCAGUCGCGCUCUCAUUGUUUUCUCGUCCGAUAGCGGGUUCGCUCGGCUCCACGCUUCCAUUCACGCCGUCGGUGGUUCAUGUACGCUGAGACAGGGCGCUGAUAACACGCUUUCAUUUGGUUUGCGGCGGGGAAAACGGCGAGAUUCGGCUCGAGGCAUCAUGGAUGAGCAGACGCGAAUGCUGGCCGGCAUGGGCGGACUCGGCGGACUCUCUCAGGCCGACGUGGGUGACCCCGAUUCGGUUCGGAAGCAGCAGUCCCUCGGUCAGCCGCAGCAAGACAUAGGGGAUAUUCUCCAGCAGAUCAUGGCCAUCACCGACGAGAGCCUCGACGAAGCCCAGGCGAGAAAACACGCACUGAACUGCCACAGGAUGAAGCCGGCUCUCUUCAGCGUUUUAUGCGAGAUCAAAGAGAAAACUGUGCUGAGCAUCAGAGGUGUACAGGAGGAGGACCCUCCAGACCCCCAGAUCAUGCGUCUGGAUAACAUGCUGCUGGCCGAGGGAGUGUCCGGGCCCGAGAAGGGCGGCGGAUCGGCCGCGGCGGCAGCAGCGGCGGCUGCCGGAGGAUCACCCAACGACGGCAGCAUCGAGCACUCCGACUAUAGAGCCAAACUUGCGCAGAUCCGCCAGAUCUACCACUCUGAACUAGAGAAAUACGAACAGGCUUGCAGCGAGUUCACCAAUCACGUGAUGAACCUGCUGAGGGAACAGUCCCGUACACGGCCUAUCUCGCCCAAAGAGAUUGAGCGCAUGGUGGCCAUCAUCCACCGCAAGUUCAGCUCCAUCCAGAUGCAGCUCAAGCAGAGCACCUGUGAGGCCGUCAUGAUCCUUCGCUCUCGCUUCCUCGAUGCCAGACGUAAGAGACGCAACUUUAAUAAGCAAGCCACAGAGGUGCUGAAUGAGUACUUCUACUCUCACCUCUCCAACCCUUACCCCAGCGAGGAAGCCAAGGAAGAGUUGGCCAAGAAAUGUGGGAUCACUGUCUCUCAGGUCUCGAAUUGGUUUGGCAACAAGAGAAUUCGGUACAAGAAGAACAUUGGUAAGUUCCAGGAGGAAGCAAACCUGUACGCCGUUAAAACAGCCGUGGACGCUGCCAAUGUGUCGGCACAGGCCAGCCAGGCAAACUCUCCAGCAACACCCAACUCAGGUGGAUAUCCUGCACCGUGCUACACACCUGACGGCAGGCUAUGAAGAACUGUCAGGAAGUCCUCUUUACACCCCACACCGUCUAGAUGCUAACAACAGCUGGCAAGACAACCCCAACCCUUCCUCCAUCACCUCUCCACCAGGACCACCUGGCAGCAUCCACUCGGACACCUCCAGCUAAUGCCGCUCACCCUAAACACACACACACACACACACUCACACACACACACAGCAUCUCAUCAUCCAGUCUCACCCGCUCUCUCCUGCUGCUCACAGCUUUCAUCCAUCACUAGCAGAUGUCAAAGGUCUUCCAUAGUCCUUGUUCCACUCUCUUCAAGUGUGCCAGGGUUCACACGCUGAACCAGACUAUCUGAAACACACACACACACACAGAACGUCUCAUUUGCCCAGGACGAGUCUGAAUAAACCACACAUUGUCUUCAAAGGGUGGACGGUUUACGCCCAACUCCACAUUUUACCUUUCCUUCCUUGUUUCGACUCGUCAUGAUGGGGAUUACACAACAGCUCCCUCCUCGCUUGUACCAAAGUGCUGUCAAAGGUUGUCGCACCUUCCGCUCGUCGAAGAACAACCUCAAGACAACUAAACCACGAAAACACCCGCUUUUUAAUACGCUUUCCGGUCACGGCCGUCUCACGAAAACGCCGCAUUGUUCAACGUUGCGUUAAGCACAAAUCCCGUCUGUAAGGCUUUUGAGCCGGUGGCCGGAUGCAGAGGAAUCCAUCAGCGUAAAGGCACGCCGGACUACUAGCUGAUCGCCGGAGAGGUCGGCGUAAAACGGGAGGAAACCCCUCAACAAGCGAUCGACGGCUACUUCGCGUUUCCUCGGCCCGCUCGCUCUCUCUCAACAGUUGACUUUGUUUUUAAUAGUUUAGCUACAGUAUUUUUCCUGCAGCCCCACCCCCCCACACACACAAAGAUGCACCAGCCGCCAAAUAAAAGACUCGACAAGAACUCGACCUUGUGUUCGGAAAAGGAUAGCUGGAGUAUUUGUUCGGAUUGGGACGCGGGUGGGUAUUUAGAAAUAUUUUUAAAGGGAAAGAAAAAAAUAUUCCACUGUCUUCCAUGCAUGUAGGGUGUUGAGAUGUUUUAGUGAUUCCAUUUAGCCGAAUUUUUAUUUCAUUUUUUCUUCCUUUUUCCUUUUUAAGUUUUGGACAAAAAAAAAAUGAAUAUUAUAAAAGGAGAGGGUGUGAGUAACAGACCAAAUAAACAAAUGAACUUCUCCGGAAACGAAAAACUUCGUACUGCCCGAUCCAGUGCUUCAUGCCGGCGUUUGGUUUCUCUUGGAUUUCCGCGGUAUUUCACCGCACGUUUUCAUAACAGGCAUCUGUGACGCAAAAACCUUUCCGAGGAGGCCGACGAGUUUGCAGAUGUCAUGAAGUUGUUUCGGUUGGCCGUGCGCUAGGGCCGCUCACCUUACUGUGUUGUGUGUACGGGUGUCUGUUUUUUAAGGGUUGGGUCGUCUCGUCACUCACUCGUGCUUUUGAACUGAUUGUAUUGUACGUGCAAUUGAAAGCACCUGUUCCUUGGUAAAAGCAUGCUGUCUUUUUUUCUUUCUUUCUUCCUUUCUUUUAUUGUUGUUGCCUACAGUUUCACUAAACAAAGGAACUCCGUUGUUUUGUAAUCAGUUAACAUAGCCAAGCAACAAGGGCUUUUCUCCUUUCAAAUUUAACCAAAAAUAAGCACUGGAUGCGUUGCGAUUUGAAACAGACGGACUAAAGCUAGUAGAGGAACAUCAAAUGAAUUUAUAUUUACUUUUUCCAGACAAGUUGUUUGUAUUCCCAGAACUUGUUUUUAUGUUUUGCUGUUUUUUUCGUUACCUUUAGUCGUGGAAGCACCAGGGCGUUUUGAUAUACGAAUGGAAAUUCUAUAUAUUACACAAAGGACUUAAUAACGUUGAAAUGUAAAUUGGGGUUUUGUUUAUAUGUACACAUGGAAAAACAAACUCUGAGGAGCUUUUCAAGCUAUUAUCGUGUCCUCUAUAGAUUACUGUUAGUUAAAAACAUUUCAUAUGGAUAUCUCCAACUAAUGCUAUUACUACACCAAAUUUCUUUGUUUUCUUUUCUAUCAGUCAUCUAUGGAUGUCACUGUACAGAUUGUGGAAUGUUUCAGUGUAUUUUCUCUUUUCGUAUGCUUUCAUUUUCGUUUUUUUUAAUCGCUGGGGGUUUCGGAUUCGCUCACGAGCAAGAGUAAUAUUCGUUAGUCUUUGUAAUAUUCAUUUUAGCAUUUCAGUUACUUUUUAUUUGGAUCGAGAGCCUCGAGUGGUUUUUUGUUUUUUCGUUUUGGGUUUGUUUGUUUGUUUGUUUUUUUUGUGUGUGUGGUUUUGUCAAAAGCUGGUAGCAUUUGUUUGAGGUGCUGUGAAAAUCCACUCCGUUGAUCAUCACACUAUUAUUAAACCGAAAGCCUCAUUGGACUAUAAAUGCCGUAAGCUAUGAUGAUUUCGAACACUACAUAUCAUUGGUAGAUUUGGAGCUCCUAAAUGUCUUUUUUCCCAAAAGUGCAUCCGUAGAACCUAUUGAGAAACUUGGGAUUGUGAUCUGAGGUGGAUUCCGUGGCACCUUAUCAAAUGACUUCGGCAUUUUUUCUCAAUUUUUAUCAUUAUUUUAGUAGAAUUGUAGUACACGCUUCCUUCUGUAUUUACCAUUCUCUCCCUCCUCUCUACCUCUCCUCUCUCCAUUUCACUUGUAUAUAAACCCCACCAUUUUCAGACUUGGUAGUCUGUAUAAACUCCUUUUAUACCUCAACUUUAGAACUGUUCUAGUGAGAGAGAAAAAAAGAAAUAUGAGAAAAUUGUAGUGUUCCUUAUUAGAAAAACAAAAACUAAUAAAAUAAUCUAGUGUGCUUUUGA